AUGUCCAACCCAGGCUUCCCAAGCUUCGGCACUGAUGCCAUCCAUGCCGGUCAGGAUCCUGAGAAGUUUAACUUCAAAUCAGCUGUUCCACCGAUUACAAUGGCCUCGACUUAUCAACGAAGUGACACGGGAAUCCCGGAUCUAACCAAUGGAAAGUACAUUUACUCAAGACUCGGCAACCCAACUCGAGAAUGUUUGGAACAGUGUAUCGCUAAAUUAGAAAAUGCCAAGCACGGGCUUGCCUUCUCCUCGGGAAUGGCCGCUAUUACUGGCUGCAUUCAAACUUUUGCUAAGGCUGGUGAUCAUGUGAUUUGCGGUGACGAUGUUUACGGUGGUACCAACUGGUAUUUCAACAAUAUCGCCAACAAAAAUGGGCUCCAGGUUGAUAUGGUCGACAUGCGAAACAUCGACGCCGUAGUCGCUGCUGUCAAAGAUAAUACACAGAUCGUUUUCUUCGAGUCCAUGACAAAUCCUCUUCUCCGCGUCGUCGACGUAGCUGCCGUUGCUGAAGCUGUCCAUCGAAUCCGAGACGAUAUUGUCGUCAUCGUUGACAAUACCUUCAUGACUCCAUGGAACAUGCGCCCGCUCGAUCUCGGGGCGGAUAUUGUCGUGCACUCAGCGACAAAAUACAUCAACGGACACUCUGAUGUUGUUUGUGGUCUUCUAUCGACAAACAGCAAUAAUAUGCGAGAAGCCCUCUUUAUGACUCAAAUCACCCUCGGUGGAGUUCCUUCUCCCUUCGACUCUUACUUGGUCAACAGAGGAAUGAAAACACUUCAUCUCCGAAUGCCAAGACAUGCCGAAAAUGCGCUGAAAGUUUCAGAGUGGCUCGAAGCUAACCCAAGAAUCGAAAAAGUCUACUAUCCGGGCCUCCCAUCCCAUCCAGAGCACGAAACGUUGAAAAAAGUUGCACGAGGAGCUCCAGGAAUCAUUACUUUCUCCACUAAAGGUCAAGAAGAGCAUGCCGUCAAAUUCCUCAAAUCUACAAAAGUCGUCACUCUUGCCGUCUCCCUCGGUGGCUACGAAUCUUUGGCCGAACAUCCUGCUAGUAUGACCCAUGCAAAUGUACCAAAAGAGCACAGAGAAGCCCUUGGUAUCACGGACACAAUGAUCAGAAUGUCUGUUGGACUAGAAGAUGCGGAAGAUAUCAUUGCUGACUUAGAUAAUGCGUUGAAACAAGCUCUUCCUGAAGGAAAUUUCUAA